CCUGUACACAGUAACCCGUGGCGUGUUCUCCUGGCAGACCCUCUCUCCCUUCUUUUUGUAGCCCUGUUUGUGUUGACCCUCCCUCCCUUCGUUUUGUAGCCCUGUUUGUGUUGACCCUCCCUCCCUUCUUUUUGUAGCCCUGUUUGUGUUGACCCUCCCUCCCUUCUUUUUGUAGCCCUGUUUGUGUUGACCCUCCCUCCCUUCGUUUUGUAGCCCUGUUUGUGUUGACCCUCCCUCCCUUCGUUUUGUAGCCGUGUUUGUGUUGACCCUCCCUCCCUUCGUUUUGUAGCCCUGUUUGUGUUGCUGCAGUGUGAGUGACCCGACUCGGAUGUCAGUGCCCACAGAAGGCCGUGCGCACGAGGAAGGCAUGCUCCGGACCCUGAGUGACUGGUUCUGGUGGGACCGGCUCUGGCUCCCUGGUAACGUGACGUGGUCGGACCUGCAGGACCGGGAUGGGCGUGUCUACGCCAAAGCCGCUGACCUCUGGGUGACCCUGCCCCUCGCCUUGCUCUUCAUGGUCGUCCGGCAGAUCUUCGAAAUCUCUGAGUUUCUGGUUGGAGUCUCUCUGGUCCUGACAGCUGCAGAGAUUGACCGCAGUAUAGAUCGCACUCCCCUGGCUCGUCUCUUGGGUGUGAAGGAUAAGACCCGGUUGAAAGUCCCUCCCAACCCUGUGCUGGACUGGAAAUUUUACACACGACCUCGAGAGCCCAAAACCGCGGAUGUGGGCGCACUGUGUAAGAAGGCAGGCUGUUCGCUCCAGCAGGUGGAGAGGUGGUUCCGACGGAGACGCAACCAGGACCGGCCCAGCCUGCUGAAGAAGUUCCGCGAGGCCAGUUGGAGAUUUACCUUUUACCUUCUUGCUUUCUUUGCUGGCCUGGCAGCCCUGAUUGAUAAGCCCUGGUUCUACAAUCUCAAGGACAUGUGGAAGGGGUUUCCUGUGCUGGUCUUGCUUCCCUCCCAGUACUGGUAUUACAUGAUUGAACUGGGAUUCUACUGGUCUCUGCUCUUCAGUGUGGCCUCUGACAUCAAAAGAAAAGAUUUCAAGGAGCAGAUUGUUCACCACAUUGCCACCAUCGUGCUGAUCAGUUUAUCCUGGUGUGUGAACUUCAUCCGUGCCGGCACCCUGAUCAUGCUGGUGCACGAUGCCUCCGACUACUUCCUGGAGGUGAGGGGGCGGGGGGGAGCGCGCAGUUUAGAGAUCGGACCGUUGUAUAAAGCCGAGUGGAACACAAAGCCUCUCUUUCAGGAUCACAGCGGCUUGAAAGCUGGUUCCAGGAGACCCCAGGUUUGCUGUAUCGAACCCCCGAGCCUCCCUGCCUGGUGUGCCGUG